GUGGAGGAGUACACAACCUCUAUUUCAUGCUUAAGGUUAACAAAAUCCAACUAGUUUAUUGCCUGGAAGCCAAGCCAAGCCAAGCUGCAACAAUUCAAUUUAUAAUAAUUUCAAAUCUUAAUUUUAUUUAUAAAACAUAAAUUAAUUGAUAAUUUUCAUGAUGGAAUAUUUCUGUUGAAAUGAUGUCAAAGCCAUGAAAAGAUUCACAUUAGUCACGAAAAGUAGCAUACCUUUGCUUGGCUUCGAAGAACCACAAGCCACUCUCCAAAUACACAGUUACAGCUUUUUUUUUCCCUAUAAAUACGCCAUUUCCUCUCCAUAAUGCCUUGUAACAAAUCCCUCAUCCAUCCACUUUCAGCUACGGCCAUGGAGUUGCUCUGGAUAAGUCCUGUGAAACCUCGAGCGGCUAAUGUAGUUACAGUGCUGGUAGUCUUGGCAUUACUGAGUGUGAAGGGAGCAGAGAGCAGAAAAGGAAGGAUUUUGGAAUCUUUUGAGUACAAUGCUAUGAGUUGCAGGGCUCACAGUGCUUCAAUAACAGAUUUUGGAGGAGUUGGAGAUGGUCAAACAUCAAACACUAAAGCAUUUCAGGAUGCAAUUGAUCAUCUGAGUCAGUAUGCAUCAGAUGGUGGUUCGCAACUCUAUGUUCCUGCUGGAAAAUGGCUGACGGGUAGCUUCAGCUUAACCAGUCAUUUCACUCUCUUCCUCCACAAGGAUGCUGUUCUUCUUGCUUCUCAGAACCUAAAUGAAUGGCCAUUGCUGAAACCUCUGCCAUCGUACGGCCGAGGAAGGGAUGCAGCAGCUGGGAGAUACGCCAGUCUCAUAUUUGGAACAAACCUCACUGAUGUUAUUAUCGCAGGUGAUAAUGGCACAAUUGAUGGUCAGGGUGCUUUCUGGUGGCAGAAAUUCCACCAGGGAAAGCUCAAGUACACCCGACCUUACUUGAUUGAGAUCAUGUACUCAGAUGGUAUCCAAAUUUCAAAUCUAACGCUCCUGAAUUCCCCAUCAUGGAAUGUUCAUCCUGUUUACAGCAGUGAUAUUCUUGUGCAAGGGAUUACCAUCCUUGCUCCAGUCAGAUCUCCAAAUACGGAUGGAAUUAACCCAGAUUCUUGCACAAACGUUAAAAUUGAAGACUGUUACAUAGUCUCCGGAGAUGACUGUGUGGCGGUUAAGAGCGGUUGGGAUGAGUAUGGGAUUGCAUUUGGGAUGCCCACAAAGCAAUUAAUCAUCAGACGACUCACGUGCAUUUCUCCAUACAGUGCCACAAUUGCAUUAGGAAGUGAAAUGUCAGGUGGGAUCCAAGAUGUUAGAGCAGAGGACAUCACAGCCAUCAAUACAGAAUCAGGGGUCAGGAUCAAAACUGCCGUAGGAAGAGGAGGAUAUGUGAAGGAUAUAUACGUAAAGAGAAUGAUUAUGCACACCAUGAAAUGGGCUUUUUGGAUGACGGGAAAUUACGGGUCACACGCUGAUAAGAACUAUGACCCAAAUGCGCUGCCGGUGAUCCAAGGAAUCAACUAUAGGGAUAUGGUUGCAGAUAAUGUGUCGAUGGCAGCCAGAUUGGAGGGGAUUUCCGGCGACCCGUUUAAGGAAAUUUGUAUUUCUAAUGUUACAAUUGGAAUGGCAGCUAAGGCCAAGAAGAUACCAUGGACAUGCACUGAAAUCGAGGGGAUCACAAGUGGGGUGACUCCUCGACCAUGUGAUUUAUUGCCAGAUCAAAGGCCAGAGGAACUUACAGAGUGCGAUUUUCCGCCGGAGGAUAUACCAAUUGACUCGGUGAAGCUGCAGAAGUGUUCUUAUGGCAUGCAUUAUAUGUGAGUUUCUUUUAUGAAGACGAGCAAACACUUGUUCUUCUACCUGAAAGCUCGACUAGAUAAGGAGUUUACUGUGCUUCCUUGUAAACAUAUUGGUCUUGAUAUGUAUAAUACCAUUGAAGCUGCUUUGAAAUA